AUUCUUAUUUUAGUAUUUCUCUUUUUUGCCAAAUAAAAAAAUAGAGGACCGUGAUUUCUAAUUCAAAAGAAAAGUAAUAUGAAUAUUCAUAAAAUUGUUCCUAUUCGUCAAUAUUUAUUAUUUAGUAUUUAUCUUCGAAAAAUAUAUAAAGACAUUAUUUUGCCGACAAGAAAUUUGCAUAGGCCAAUAAAGGCGUUUCAAUUAUGGGGAGCUGGAUCCAUAUCCUUAUGGCCUACAAUAAAGAAGAAUAAUACGAACACAGAUAAGCCUAAAGAUCCAAUAUCCAGCAUUUUGGACACUGCAGAUGGAACUUUUGAAAUGGGGAGAUAUGAAGAAUGUUACAAUAUUCUUACCAAUGUGCAGAAUGAAAAGGAUAUUGAAGUAAAAUGGCGAAUCUGUCGUGUUCUGUAUAAUAUGGCAAAAGAUUCCAAGUAUGAUGAACAAUAUAAAAAGGACAUAAUAUCUCAAGCAUAUGAUAUAAUUGCCCCAGAAGUGGAUCAGAACUGGGACAACUUUGCAGUACAUAAAUGGUAUGCUUUAACUUUAGAUGCCAAAAGUUCAUACAUUGGAAUAAAGGAAAAAAUAACACAACUUGAAAAUGUAAAAAAGCAUAUGGAUUUGGCAGUUACUUUAAAUCCAAGCGAUGCCAGUUUAUUACAUAUGCUCGGUGAGUGGUGCUACCAAGUUACAGAAAUACCAUGGCAUCAACGAAAAACAAUUGAGAUUUUAUUUCAAGAUUUUCAUUUUAUUUUACCACAUUCCACAUAUGAAGAUGCCCUUGAAUAUUUUUUAAGAGCAGAAAUGGCACAACCUAGAUUUUACAGCAUUAAUUUACUUAGAAUCGGUUGUUGUUAUUUAAAGCUUAACAAAGAUGACCAAGCCAGGUAUUACCUCAAACUUGCAGCUAGUUAUCCUGCAAAGUCAAAUAAUGAUCAUAAAGCAAAUAAAGAGGCAGCAGACUUACUAAAGAAAAUAAAAUAAAUUGUAUGAUCUUUUA